CUAGGCAUGCAGACGUCUUCUACAAACAUUUGUGAAAGAAUGGGUCGCUCUCAGGAGCUCAGUGAGUUCAAUCAUGGUACCGUGAUAGGUUGCCACCUGCGCAAUAAGUCCAUCCGUCAAAUUCCUGCUACUAAAUAUUCCACAGUCAACUGUUAUUGGUAUUAUCACCAAGUGCAAUGCAAAGCAUCGGAUGUAGUGGUGUAAAGCACACCGCCACUGGACUCUAGAGCAGUGGAGAUGUGUUCUCUGGAGUGAUGAAUCACGCUUCUCUGUCUGGUAAUCUGAUGGACAUGUCUGACUUUAGCAGUUGCCAGUAGAAUGGUACUUGCCUGACCGCAUUGUGCCAAGUGCA